AUGGGCCUCGACCACUACCACCUGUGCCUCCGCUUCCACCGCCGAUCGCCGGAGCACGCCCGCCACCUCCUCGAGGACCUCCUCCGCGACGGCGUACGCCCGACGGCCGCCACCUUCGACAUGGUGGUGGACAUAUACGGCGUGGGGCGACCCAGGGCGCAUUGGCUGAGCGAGGCCGUCCAGCUCUUCCACCGGUUCAUCGGGAUGGGCGUGGAGGGGAUCGCCAACCUCUCGGCCUUCCGGCGUCUCAUCCAGUUCUGCCACCGGGCAGGCGACAUUAACCAGUGCGGCGACGCCGAACGGGUGAAGAAGCUGUGGACCAUGAUCACGCUGGCCGGCAUCGAGCCCAACACGCGCCUCGUCAACUCGUUCAUCGCCAACUGCAACAGCCCGGAGCGCGCCCUCAUCGCCUUCAACAAGAUGGCCGAGGCUGACCUCCAGCCCGACGUGCACACCUUCGCCGCCCUCACCACCACGCUCGCCCGCGCCGGGCACGUCGAGGACCUGCGGCGGGUGUACCAUCUGAUGCGCUCCCUCGGCCUGGGAAGCCCCGCCAUCUACACCACCCUCCUUUGGGCGCACGUGGGCGGGUCGUCGGCCAAUGUGUGGGAGGCCGGCCGCAUGUGGAGCGAUCUGGUGGGGAGCGGGCUUCCCAUCACGCCCUCCGCCCUCAGCGCCAUGGCCCACGUUCACUGCUCUCACUCGGGCGCGCGCGCCGCCCUCGACUUCCUCGCCACCGUGCGCAAGGGGGAGGGUGAGGGGCGGGGCAUGGCGGGUAGUCAGGAUCUCUACGAGGAGCUUCUGGGUGCGAGCGCGUCGAUCGAGGAGGCGCGCGAGGUGCUCCACGAGAUGCGCGCCCUCGGCUACGCGCCCUCCUCGACCACGCCCUUCCGACGGCUUGCCGCCCGCCUCCCCUCCCGUCUUCCCGUCUCGUAUGUUACCAUCGCCGCCGCCGCCGCCAACGAUGAGCGGACGCAGGUGCUGGAUCUGAUGCAGGAGAGCGGGGUGGGUGGUGACGGGGAGGUGUACCGUUGGCUCAUUCUGCACGGGCACCCCGAUGACGGCAUGGGCCUCCUCAACCGCAUGCUCCACGAGGGCCUCCAGCCCGACGUCCGCGUCUACAACGCCCUCCUCCUCAAGACCGACGGCGACGAACCCAAAUCGGCGGCGUCAUCGCCGCCGUCGAGGAAGAGCAUGCACAACAUCUGGCACCACGGCGGACGGGCGCGUGCGGAGGCGCUGUUCCGGAGCAUGCGGGAGGGAACGGUGAGCACGGACCGCACGUACGCCUACAACCCCAAACUCAACGCCGAGAGCUUCAUGAUCCUCCUCCGCAAGUGCCGCCGCCACCGCGAACCCGACAUGGCCAUCGCCCUCUUCGACACCCUCCUCACCGAAUGUCGGCACAUCCCGCGCGAGAGUGGCAUGUACGGACUUCUCCUCGCCAGCCUGCAGCCCUCCGUCGUGUCGCCCGCGUCCGAGGCAGAGGCCGAGCGGUACCGGGAGCACCUGGGCCGCGUGGUGGCGCAGAUGGAGGCCGAUGGCGUUCCCCUGGCCGGCCCACACGCCGCCUCCGCCCUCGUCGACAGCUUCGUGCGGCAUCGCGGGCCACCCGCCGCUCCCGCCAGCCAGUCCGGCACGGGUGGGGGGAAGGGGUCGCUGUUCGCGGAGCUGCAGGAGCGUUUGGGGCCGAAUUCGCGCUACCUCAAGACGAGCCUCAUGCACAUGGUGGAGGAGGGCGAGGUGGACCUGGCGGCGUGGUCGGCGCUGGUGGCCGGGUAUGUGCGGAAUGGGCGCGUGGAGGAGGCCCUCGGGGUGCUGUACGGGAUGCUGGAGCAGCACGGCCAGGUGCCGCCGGUGAGCCUCCUCGGGCAGGUCGGCCGCGCGCUGGAGCAGGACGGGCGCCUUGUCCAGCCGGGCGCCCUCCGUCCGCUGUUCACCGGCACGUUCGCCGACAUCCGCCGGCAGGUGUUCCGCGUGGCGCGCCACCGCCGCCUCGACCGCGACGCGGCCUUCCGGCAGCUGGCCUUCAACCGCUUCCUCUACUUCCACCUCACCCUCCUCGCCCGCCGCCGCCGCGAUGGUGGUCCUCCCUCUUCGCCUUCGGCCGCCGCCCGCGCACCGCCACCAUCCUUCCUCCCGUCUCUCCUCUCGCGCAUCGGCAUCGCCGGCAGCGGCCGCGGCAGCUCGACGGCCACAACCGGCGGCGGCGGAGGUGUGGAGCGGGAGCGGAGGCAGGAGCGGGUGGAUGCGCAGCGCACGCAGCUGAUCCUGGGGCGCAUGGAGGACGAGGACGUGUACGUGAGCGUGCCCCUCCAGCGACUCAUGGCCUCCUUCAUUUCGUCCUCCUCGCCCCUCGGCGGCCCGGAGGGGCGGUUCUAG